AUGGAGGCAGGAAACCAAACACCAAAACCUGCUGGAAAAUGGCAGAAACGAGUGGGUUACUGUAGGGGAUUGGGGUACUGUAGAGAUCUAUUGAGUUACUGUAGAUACUGUAGGAACAUCUAUAGAAGUUUCUAGAAGAUCUAUAGAUCUAUAUGAAGCUCUAGUUCUACUGUAGAGAUCUAUAGAUGUUCUCUGAUGCUCAAGAUCUAUAGAUCUUCAAACAUCUAGAGAUCUACUGAAGAUCUUCAGACCUCUCCCAUCAAAAUCCGAUCUUUCCAGGGAGCCCUGCUGAUUUUGGCGAUUCUCUGGCUAGUGGUCUAUUAUAUGAUAGCACCACAACAUUUCGAUUAUCUCGUCGGCAAAAUUCAAGGCGCUUCUGGAGCAGCUGUGCCUCCUGGAGUGCUUCCUGGAGCUCCACAAAUUCCACCACUCGACAACCCUCCCAGAACCUGGCUCCCGCCCAGAGCACAAACUCUUCCGCCUACCACGCAAGCUGCGCCGGUACGCGGAAAGGACAAUUUGUUCCGCCUCCCGAAAACUGUCGAACCGAUUCAUUAUGAUCUUACACUCAAGGCUAAUAUUUUGGGUAAGCUUCCGCAAGCUUCCGCGCGGCAUUUUCCGCGAGUAUAGUUUCUGACUGUCUGAUGAGUUAUGACGUGGCAAAAUUUCAAAAAAAAAUGCUUAGCAUUGCUCAGAUUAGCCCCAAAUGAUUCAUAUAGCUAGAUCAUUAAUAGGAUUGCUCAUAUUAUAGUCAAAAAUCCUGAUUUUCUACAAAAAAACUAUAGGAUUGCUCAGAUUAGCCUCAAAAAUCCAAAAAUUUCACGAGAUUAUUCAUUUUACAGGAAAUUUCAUAGGAUUGCUCAGAUUAUAAUCAAAAAUUGCUCAUAUUAGCUUGAAAACUUAUAGGAUUGCUCAUUUUGAGAUAAAAUUACUGACUCUUGAACCUUUCAGGUUCAAUAUGAGCAAUCCUAGUGAUAUUCAAGCAAUUUUCCAGAUUUCUGAACUUUUUGACUAUAAUUUAAGCAAUUCUUGGAAUUUCGAAGCUAAUCUGAGCAAUCUUCCAGAUUCCUCAGCAAUUUUUAGUAUAAUCUGAGCAAUCCUAUAAUUUUUUGCAGGAAAAAUGACUGUUUUGGGUUUACUAUGAGCAAUGUUAUGAAAUUUCAUGCAAAAUGAAAAUUCUCGUGAAAUUUUUGGAACUUUGAAGCAAAUCUGAGCAAUUUUCAAGUUUUCUCAACAUUUUUGACUAUAAUCUGAGCAAUCCUAUACAUUUUCAAGCUAAUAUGAGCAAUCUUAUGAAAUUCAGGGUCAAAGUAAUCAUCUCAUGCAAUUUUAAAAUUUUUCAAGCUAAUCUGAGCAAUUUUCCAGUUUUCUGAACAUUUUCGACUAUAAUAUGAGCAAUCCUAUGAAAUUCAGCGCUAAAUUAAUUAUUUCAUGAAAUUCUAAGACUUUUUUAAUAUGAGCAAUGUCAAAUUAAUCUGAGCAAUGUCAAUUAUUUGCAGGCUAUGGCUAUACACCAACUUUUCCACCCGUCAACUCAACCUUCGAAGGAAAUGUCACAAUCCAAUUCAAAAUCGUCAAACCCACUCGAAUCAUUCUCCUCAAUGCCGAAGAUUUGCACAUUGAGCAAUUGGAACUAUCCGCCGGCUCACCAAAUGGUCCCGAAAUUGUCAAAUACACGGUCUAUCAAAACUAUAUAGCCAUCGAAUUGACUUCAAAAGCGAAACGCGAUGCGAUUUUCCGCAUCGCAAUUCGAUAUUCGGCACAGAUUCGCAAGGAUAACAAGGGUUUCUAUGAUACCACAUAUUUGGACGCGGAAAAUCGGCCGAAAUCGGCGGUUGUCACGCAAUUUGAGCCUGAUUUUGCCAGACUUGCUGUGCCAUGUUUUGAUGAACCCGAAUUUAAGGCCGUUUGGAAGGUUUGUAGGGGUUUUGGGGGCUUCUAGAGGCUUUAGAGGGCUUCUAGAGGCUUUAGAGGGCUUCUAGAGGCUUCCAGAGACUUUAGAGGGCUUCUAAGGGCUUCAGAGGGCUUCUAAUGACUUCUAAGGGCUUCUAAAGGCUUCUUAAGCGCUUCUAAAGGCUUUAGAAGGCUUCUAAAGGCUUUAGAGGGCUUCUAAAGAACUUCAAAACCAUGAAAUAUUCAAAAUAACCUUCUAAAUUCACAAAUUUCAAAAAAAAAACAAGAAAAAAAAUCAAAAAACAAAAAAAACCUCGUUUGUGCUAAACAACAGGCAAGCGGAGUGUCGUUGUUUUCAUUUUCGCGCGAAUUUUUGUUUGUUCCUGUUAUAGGAUGUUUUGGAGGGCCUUGGAGAGGUUAGGAAGCUUUUUAGAGGGUUUAGGGGACUUCUAAAGGCUUCCAAAGGCUUUAGAGGGCUUCAAAACCGUGAAAUAUUCAAAAUUACCCUCAAAUUCACCAAUUUCACGAAAAAAACAAAAAAAAACUAUAAAAAUAAUAGAAAAAGUAAAAAAAAAAUAACAUUUCAAGGGAUUUUCCCUGUUUUCCACAAGUCGUUGUUACUGAGAUCUCAAAUUAUACAUUAUUGUACAAAUAUACCCCAAACUUGGUUGAAUUUAACCCAAAACCCAUUAAACACUGACCUGAAAUGAGUUUUUUCUUGCCGGAAUGCUUUUAGAGGCUUCCAAACGCUGAAAAAUGUAUGAAAUUUGUCGAAUUAGCCUAAAUUUCCCCACUUUUAAGAAAAAAAAACAAAAAAACGCCGUUUGCGCUAAACAACGGGCGAGCGGAGUGUCGUUGUUUUCUUUUUGAAAAAUUAUUUUCGCGCGCGUUUUUUUGAAGCUUUUUAAGUAGAGGGUUUAGGGGGAUUCUUAAGGGCUCUUGGGGAAUUUUAAAGCUAAACACAAUUUCAGGUUAAAAUAAUCCAUCCGUUGGGAACUUCUGCGAUCUCGAAUGCUGAGCAAAUCAAAGUCAGCCCAUUUUCUGAGCAAUUUCAAAUUUCUGAAUUUGAAGAAACUCCCAAAAUGUCGACAUAUCUUUUGGCAUUUUUCAUUUCCGAUUUUAAAUAUUUGGAAGGAGUUACGCAAUCAGGUAGGCUCUCAAACUUAGCCUAAAUUCACAAAAAAAUUUCCAGGAAUCCGUGUUCGAAUUUGGUCGCGCCCGGAAGAUGUUGCAAAUCACCAAUUGGCUCUCGAAUCAUCGAUCGGAAUUUUGGACAAUUUUGAAAAAUUGUUUGACAUUCCGUAUGCGAUGAGAAAGAUGGAUAUGGUUGGAGUGAGAGAUUUCCAUUUUGGAGCCAUGGAAAAUUGGGGGUUGAUUGUGUAUCGAGAGGCUGUGUUGAGCUAUCAUCCACAGAUGAAUACGCAUGCGGAAAAGGCGAAUAUUCGUAGGAUUAUUUCGCAUGAGUUGGUGCAUCAGGUAGGAUUGAUUACGCGGUUUAGUCCUUAGCUUAAGCCUGAGGAGUUAAGCUACGGACUAAACCUAAGCCUAAGUGUGGCCGCUUCGCGGAAGCUUGCGGUUUAGACUCGCGCACGGCGCUCGAGCCUUAGCCGCUGCGCGGAAGCUUGCGGUUUACACUCGCGCAAAGCGCUCGAGCCUUAGCCGCUACGCGGAAGCUUCCGGAUAUCGAUUUUUUCAAAUUUUCAAUUUUAAGUGGUUCGGCAACCUAGUAACAAUGAAGUAUUGGGAUCAAACUUGGUUGAACGAGGGAUUUGCCACGUUGUAUCAAGUGUAUGGAGCGGAUUUGUUGACAAAUGGGACUUAUAAAAACGUAAGGACCUUGGGCCUGGCCUAAAGCCUAGGUUUGGGCUUUAGCUACUUCAAAAUGUGUCUUAACCUUCUUAAAAAUUAGCCUAAAGCUUAGAUUUUGGCUUUAACUACCUUAAAAAGUAUCUUAACCUUGUUAAAACCCUUGCUCACGCUAAUUAUGAGGGGGAAAUCACUAAAAACUGCUUAAAAAUAUUGUCUGCAAAGACUUUUACGUGAAAAUGCACAAUAAAUAUAUUUUUCGCUUUUUUUACAACGAUACUACGCGUUGACGACACGUGUAUUUCACCUAGUUUUCGAAAAAGCCGCGUCAAAUACACGUGUCGUCAUUUCGUAGUGUCGUUGUCAAAAAAGCGAAACCAUUCUGUGCAUUUGUACGUAAAAGUGUUUGAAGACAAGAUUUUUAGCGCUUUUUGAUGAUUUUCCCCUUCAUAAUUAGCCUAAGUAAGGAUUUUAACAAGGUUAAGAUACUUUUUAUAGUAGCUAAAGCCUAAACCUGAGCUUUAGGCUAAUUUUUACGAUAAGACACCUUUACUCGGAAAGGUUGAGGCGAAAACUGCGGCGCGUUCAAGGCUGAUUCGGCCGUUGGUUUCAGGCAAGCAAAUGAUUGACCAGCCGUAAAAUGCCUUUUUCCUGCGGCAAACCCGCCUACACAGGCGGAACCCGCCGUUAGCGCGGCGGGAACAUGCCGAUUUAAUGAGGCAGUUUGCGCCUUUGCGUUUAUUUAUAGCUGCUCCUAGGCGUUUUCAACAAUAAGCGAACAUGUUUUACAUACAUAGUUUAUUGAUAACAAAAAAAUGAUCAAAAACGAAAAUUGUAUUUAAAAUUAGACGAAUUCCAUUUAUGUUCGAUCAAGUGAAGUUGGUUGAUGUUGAUUUUGGACGAUACUGAAAAAAUGUGUAUUUUGACAAGAAAUUAAUAAUGGGGCAGAUUAUGUAAAUUUACGAAAAUUAAGACUUUGGGAGCUGAAAACUAGCUUGAAAAAUGUUCAUUUAGAAAUCCGAAAGAUUUUUCAGAAAAGUUUGAACCUGAAUUAACCUUUUCCACUGACAAGGGAUCUUUUUUUACACAACACUUCAAAUCUUGAUGAAAUUUUGUCCAUAGACAGCUUUUAGGGUCAUAAGAACACCCUAAAAAUUUUAGUCUCCCAAUGGACCUCUGAGCCAAGUUAUGGGCUCUCAAAAGUUCAAAAAUUGCCAAAAUUGGCUCAUAAAACACAUCAUAACUCAAUGUUCGAUCAUUUUUAUGAAAAACUGAGUAGCAGAUGAUGAUCAGCGUGGUCGAUUUACCCAAAAAGCAUCAAUAAAUCGAAUUUUCAGAAAAAAUUUCUGAUUUUGAAAAAAUGAAUGAGCAGGGGCACAUCUGAAUUUUCAUGAAUUUUCAGCCGAAAAAUAAAAAACUUCAAAAUUUUUCGAAAUAAAGUUUUUUUAUUGAUGUACUUUUAGGUAAUCGACUAUGCUGAUCAAUAUCUGAAACUUCAUUUCUCCCAAAAACAAUUUGAAAUGGAGCUAUGAUGACUUUUGUGACCAUUUUUAGGCCUUUUUUGAGUUUUUGAGAGCCCAGAACUUGGCUCAGAGGUCCAUUGGGAGACUUAAAUUUUUAGGGUGUUCUUAUGGUCCCAAAAGCUGUCUGUGGAUAAAAUUUCAUCGAGAUCAAGAUUUGAAGUGUUGAGUAAAAAAGGUUCCCUUGUAAACAUGGUUUUUUUCAAUCGAAACAAGUCCCUGAAAAUAACAUACCGGUUGUCAAAAUGAAGAAAUCAUUCAUACCAGUAGCCAUCUACAUACAUCGCUCGGCACUUCUUUGAUUUUUCGUAUGUUUCUUCUCGAAAUUCAACGAUUUCCAGAUGAUGCGGUCUGUAAUAUAUAGUUUUUCAUUGAAGACACAUUUCAACUUACUCGAUCAUUGAUUUUUCUCUCUUCGUCAUGAAGUUGUGCUCGAUUUAUAGGCAAAAAACAAAAAAUUUAGGAGAAAAAAAUAGAAAAUAUUUUCGAAAAUUCGAAAUAAACAACAGGCACUGAGCGCAGUUUUGUUUGAAAUUGAACGGCAUGUUUGCCGCAGAAAAAGGCAGUUUCCGCCUACAGCUCAAGAGGCGAUGCCAGAACUGGCGGGUUUGCCGCUGUCAUGCUUCAAACCUGCCAGUGAAGGCGGUUCGUGCCUUUUUCCUGCCCAAAAACUGCCGAGUCACUUCCCCGCCGCAAUUUCCGCCUCAGGGUUACCGAGUAAGUACCCUAAAAUAACCCUAAUUUUUCUCUACAGCGUGAUUUCCUCAUCCACCCUGGCCAACGAAAAGCGCUCGAAAUGGAGACUAAAAAACCGAAGCAUGCGAUGAGCUUUGAAAUCCUCAAAACUGACACAAUUCAAACAUUUUUCGAUGUUGUCACCUAUCAAAAAGCCGGCUCAAUUAUAUCAAUGUUUCGCAGAGUUUUGGGCGAAAAUGAAUUUUUGCAUGGAAUUCGUCGCUAUUUAAAGGCACAUAUGUAUCAGAAUACUCAAGAGGAGCAACUUUUCAAGUAUAUUGGAGCGAGUUUUGCGGGUGGAGCCGAGGAAUUUGAGAGUUUUGCCAAGUCUUGGACGAAUUCUGAAGGAUUUCCGACGGUUAAUGCGAGAAUUGUGGAGAAUAAUCAAGUGGAACUCUCGCAAAAUGAUCCGGAAGGCUUGUGGGAAAUUCCAGUUUUCUACCAGAACGGGCCGCAAGAGGCCGAGCUUAUUUGGCUCAAAGAUGAGCCGGUUACAAUUCCCUACACCCCUGGCUCAUUGCUCAUUUUAAACCCCGAUUCGCACGGACAUUUUCGAGUAGAUUAUCAGAGUGUGGAACUAUGGGAGCAGAUUGCUUCGCAGCUUGAGCAGAACCCUCGGAUGCUCAGUGCCCGCACCAAAAUCCGCCUCAUCGAUGAUGCUUUCCACUUCCGUCGUCCGGAAGCGGAAGCGUUGCGGAAAUAUAUUUUCCGCGAGACGGAACGAUUGCCGAUUUUGGCGUAUUUGUUGAAUUUAAAGGGACAUGACGAGGAGUUGCGCAGUGUUUUGAGAGGAUUGCAGCAAGUGGAGACGAGUUGGAAGUUUGUGGAGAUGAAUUAUUUGGAGGAUAGCAAGUUUGAUGAAGUGUCAGUGGAUUUUGGGGGCUUUUGAGGGCUUCUAAGGGCUUCUAAGGGCUUCCGAAGGCUUCUAAAGGCUUCUGAAGGCUUCUGAAAGCUUCUGAAGGCUUAUAAGGGCUUCCGAAAGCUUCUAAUGGCUUCUGAAGGCUUCUGAAUGCUAGAAAUGCUCAAAAUUCAGUUUGCGAAACACGCUCUAAUGCAAACAGGAGCGGGAAGAGUGGAAAUUCAAAUUUUUCGCGUAAAAAUUAUCGAUUUUUGAUGAUUUUUCAUUGGGCUUUGGGUCUAGGGCCUAGUUUUAAAUUUGGGCCAGGCCGCUGCGCGGAAGAUUGCGGUUUACACUCGCGCAGAGCGCUCGGGCCAAGUCCAAGUCUGAAACUAGGCCCAAGACCCAAAGCCCAAUGAAAAAUAGCCAAAAAUCGAUAAUUUUGACCUGAAAAAUUUGAAUUUCCACCCUUCCCGCCCAUAUUUGCAUUAGAGCGCACUUUCUUCUUUUUUUUCAAGACUAAUAAAUUUGGAGCAAUUGCUUUUCAAUGCUCAAAAAACCCCUGGAUGGAAUUUGACUGCGUACAUUGUUGUUUUGGCUGAGUAUCUAAUGUGAAUUUCCUAACUGACCUAACUGACUGAGUAUUCUAGCCAAAAUCCUGUCUUAACCCAACAAUUUUGAAUUUUUUGCAUUAGAGCGCAUUUUCUUUCGAGCUUCAGGUUAAGCCUUAACAAAAAUUAAAAAUUUGAAUUUCCACCCUCCCCGCCCACAUUUGCAUUAGAGCGCGUUUGCUAUUUUUUGAGUAAAAAUUCAAAUUUUCUUCCGAGCUUCAGGCUAAGCCUAAAAUAGCCUUUAAAAUUUGAAUUUCGACCCUUUCUGCCAACAUCUGCAUUAGAGCGCGUUUGAUAUUCUCUGAGCUAAAAAUUUGAAUUUUUCUGGCUAAACCUAAAAAAACCAAAAAAAAUUAAAAAUUUGAAUUUCCACCCUCCCCGCCCACAUUUGCAUUAGAGCGCAUUUGAUAUUUUCUGAGCUAAAAAUUCAAAUUUUCUUUCUAGUUUCACUCUAUGCCUAAGAAUAUCCCCUAAAAAUUUGAAUUUUCACCCUUCCCGCUCACAUUUUCAUUAGAGCGCGUUUGAUAUUUUGAGCUAAAAAUUUGAAUUUUUCUGGCUAAACCUAAAAAAAAUUAAAAAUUUGAAUUUCCACCCUUCCCGCUCACAUUUGCAUUAGAGCGCAUUAUCUCUUUCACCUAAAAAAAAUUCAAAUUUUUUCCAGUGAUCUUGCCACUCAAAUCAUCUCAACCGAAUGUAUGGUCAACCCAACUGAAUGCUAUGAAAAAUCGGAGCCGUUCUACGAGCAUCUCCUCAAAUCGUGUCAAUAUCCCGGAGUUCAAGUGUCAAAUUGCUCAAAAGUCCCACCACCGCUGCGAAAAACUGUAUACUGUGCAGCGAUUUUGAAUCAAAAACACACGGAAUUGUUGGAAUCGUGGAUGAAAAAUGAAAGAAGAGCCAGCGAGAAGCAAACACUGAAAUUGGCUUUUGAAAAUUGCAAACCCAAGGCGAAUAAUUUGGAGAGAAAGAGCAGAAAAAAGGCCGGAUUGGAUUUGGCAUGGAAUUUGGAAGUGGAACAACAAUUGUAUUUGGAGCAUUAG